GUUGUAAUGCACAAAGACAAAGAGGACCCACACGGGGGUAUGUUGACGCACUGUCAUAACCUGCAAGAGCCGAGUUUUCGGAACAGAGACCUCACGACGUACGAGCACGCGGCCUUAGACGGCGACACUUUUUUACAGGCGCUGAAUGGAUUUCUGAUGAUUCUAACGUGUGAAGGCGAAGUGUUUUUUGCAACCCACAGUAUAGAGAGUUAUUUGGGAUUCCAUCAGUCUGAUAUAGUGCACCAGAGCGUCUACGAGCUGGUCCAUUCCGAAGACAGAGAAGAACUCCAAAGACAGUUACUCUGGAACAGUUUUAUAACCUCCGGAUCCGGUAACGGAAACACUCAACACCAACAUCAGACGUCUCCUGGAGCACAUCAACAACAACAUCAGACGGCAUCUGAUCAACAGCAACAACAGAUGAGUCUCCAGGAGGUCUUAAUGCCCCACAAUGCUCAUUUGUUGGAACGGAGUUUUACAGUUAGAUUUAGAUGUUUACUGGAUAAUACUUCAGGGUUUUUGCGAUUGGAUAUCCGAGGACGUGUCAAAGUUCUUCAUGGACAAAAUAGGAAAACAGAAGAACCGCCUUUGGCUUUGUUUGCAAUCUGUACGCCAUUUGGACCGCCAAGUUUACUGGAGAUUCCACAAAAAGAAGUGAUGUUUAAAAGUAAACAUAAAUUGGACUUGGGGUUGGUUUCUAUGGACCAACGGGGCAAAAUGCUUUUAGGAUAUUCUGAUGGUGAACUGGCUAAUAUGGGUGGAUACGAUUUAGUACAUUUUGAUGAUUUGGCAUAUGUGGCAAGCGCUCAUCAAGAAUUGUUAAAAACUGGAGCAUCCGGAAUGAUAGCUUACAGGUUUCAAACCAAAGAAGGACAAUGGCAGUGGUUGCAAACCAGUUCGAGACUGGUUUAUAAAAAUUCAAAGCCUGAUUUUGUUAUUAGCACACACAGACCGCUUAUGGAAGAAGAAGGCAGGGAUCUGCUGGGAAAACGUACGAUGGAUUUCAAAGUUAGUUAUUUGGAUGCAGGUUUAACAAAUAGUUAUUUUACGGAUAGUGAUAAUAUUAUGACGUCUGUUCUUCCAACGGCUACGUCACCGACAAUACCAAUGACGCCGACAAACCAAAGGGUAAAUCGCCGUUACAAAACCCAACUCCGCGACUUCUUAUCAACAUGUCGAACGAAACGCAAACUGUCGUCGCACCAAUCACCUCACGCAUCGCCCUUAACACCUCACGCUCCUGCUGUCCAAUCCUUAAACAGUCCUUUACUCAACACGUCCAACAAACUAACGAACAACAACAACAUAAAUCUAAACAACAACAACUCUUCGCCCCAUCUCUCGACUGUCAUGAUGGAUUAUCUGCCGACAGCUGCUGCCGAAAAUCACCUGAUGACGCCCAUUGCUGCUUAUCAUCAUCACCCAAAUUUGUACACCCAGGGAGGAUAUGGUCAGACGGAGAACGCUCUCUAUAUGGGACAGACUUUUCAGACGAUGUAUCCGGAUAAUUUGUUUCAGAGGCACCAUCUGACGGGUUAUUAUACGGCGGCGGACUACCAGGCUGCAGGAGGAUAUGUAACUACUGGUACCAACGGCUUUCUGGAAGUGUCUCCUAGAGGAUACGAGAGCACAGGAGUAGCUUAUCAUCAGUUAGGGACGCCUAAGGACGACAAACUUUAUGCUUGUGCACAGGUAAAUGUAAAAUGUCAAAUAAGCUAUGGUUCUCGAAUCACCAAAAUACGCCUACGCCACAACAACACAGACCCCACAAUCCGUUCCUACGCCCCUUAUCCUGUAGCCUCUCCAUUGAUAUCAGCCACUCCGUUAUCAGACUCCAAGGUGAGUCCUCCACCACCCCAACAAAGUCCAGAGACGGAUCCUUCUCCAAAAAUCACGGAGGACCCUACGGCUAGUAUAAAAUCGGAGAUAUCUCUAAACAGCGGUGGAGAUGGAUACUCCCAUCAUAGAUAUUCUGCUGAUAAAAAUGAGGCGGCGACGUAUGGUGAACACCAGUCGGAGGCUAGUUAUAAUGCAGGUGGAAGGGCGAGUGUUACGGAUAGUUAUGUCAAUGAAAGGGUUCGGCAUGGUGGUGCUAUAUCAGUGACCAGUGAUGGAGGUACUUAUCAAACUACCCCUGUAGAUCAUAGAAGUGCUGCUGAAGCGUAUGCUUCUGAUCAACAAAGGCAAACUGUGUUAAUGUGGGGAAGUGCUAUGAUUUCGUCGGACAGGGGUGAUCGAGAAAACUCUCCUACGAAUUCGAAUUCGUCGACGCCUUCUAUGAAUGGUUACGAUGCUAAGCUCAUAAAGCAUCAACAGGAUACAGGUAACGGUUUAUCAAUGCAUCACCAACACCAGUCUCAAAACCACCACAUCGGUCUCCAAAGCCACCAGACGCACAUCCACGCUCAACUACACCACCAGCAGUCUCACAACAGUCUGUCCCCGCACGAAGACCCAGAAAUGAGCCUAAAACAUCACCAAAGGGACCCCCAACAAUCGUGCAAAUGGAGCAACGGUCUUCAACAGCAACAGAAUUAUCCUGAUACGAGCGAGGUAUGGCAGCCGUACCAACAUCAUGAGGGCAAUAAUGAUGGUGGUCGGCAUGGGAGAGAUUAUUUGCAUCAUAGAUAUCACCACCACCACCACCAUCACCGUAAUCAUCAGUAUUUGCAUCAGCACUAUGGUGAACAAAAUCAUCAUCAGGCAAUAUUGGCAAACAGCACAGCCGCGACGGCACUUUAUACUACGGCACUAUCCUCAUCGGAGGCCACGCGGUGUCGAUCGUCACCAGCGCCUCAAUCAGCCAACAGCAACAGCAACAGCAGCAACUCUGUGCACUCUUACCCCCGGUCUCAGCAACACAACAGCAAUCAACAAGAUCAGCAACAUCCACCAGAGCAACGAAUCAGCAAGACAGCAGGAGUCCUCUGCUCUGCAUCUCGGAGGUGACGAACACCUUGCUAAAUCAAUAAAAGGAUUUGUAGGAAAAUUAGUUAACUGAAAGUAAAAGGUGAAAGUGAGGAAAUAAUAUCAAGUUUAUUAUUAAUGACCAAAAAAUGCUUUGCUUUUUAUAUCAUGUUAGACAACAUAAUCGUGAGUCGUACGCAUAAUGUGAAAACAAAAAAAUUCCAUUCCA